CUCGGGUUCAAAAUCAAUAUACAUACUACUAAAAAAAAACAAGAAUGGCUUCUUCUCCAGGAAUUCUAACGCAUUGGCCUUGGGAACCUCUUGGCAGCUUCAAGUAUAUUGUAUUGGGUCCGUGGGUGAUGCAUAGCAUAUACUCUGUAAUGGUGAAAAACCAUAUAGACUUUACCAACUUAUUCGUAAUCCCAUUACUUCUAUGGAGAGCUCUUCAUAACCAGAUUUGGAUUAGUUUUUCUCGUUACCGAACUGCGAAAGGCAAAAACAGAAUCGUAGACAAGGCUAUUGAAUUUGAACAAGUUGACAGAGAAAGCAAUUGGGAUGACCAAAUAAUAUUAAGUGGAAUCUUACUUUAUACGUUCCACAUGAUAUUCGAAUCUGUACAUAACUUACCGAUUUGGAGAACGAAUGGCGUAAUUCUCAUAAUUUUGCUUCACGCUGGUCCAGUCGAGUUUAUUUACUACUGGCUGCACAGAGCGUUGCACCAUCACUAUCUCUAUACUCGCUACCAUUCUCACCAUCAUGCCUCUAUUGUCACCGAGCCUAUCACAUCGGUGAUUCAUCCAUUUGCAGAGCACCUGGCGUAUUUCGCAAUGUUUUCAAUACCAUUUCUCACAGUUUUGGCGACCGGAACAGCGUCGUUAGGGGCAUAUGUUGGCUACUUCACCUACAUUGAUUUCAUGAACAACAUGGGACACUGCAACUUUGAGAUUGUUCCUAAAUCACUCUUCUCCAUUUUCCCACUUCUCAAAUAUCUCAUCUACACUCCAUCGUUUCAUUCACUACAUCACACACAAUUUCGUACAAAUUAUUCGUUAUUUAUGCCAAUCUACGAUUAUAUAUAUGGAACAAUGUCGAACUCGACUGAUUUAGUGUAUGAAAAAUCAUUAAGAAAGGAAGAAGACAUACCCCAUGUGGUGCAUUUAACACAUCUAGCCACACCCCAUGCCAUCUACCACAUGCGUCUAGGAAUUGCAUGGUUGGCCUCCAAGCCUCUCCCCUCAACUUCUUGUUGGUAUCACUGGCUUUUCUACCCUUUCACCUUUUGGGUCACCCUCCUCAACUGGAUUAAACCUCGCACUUUUGUCAUUGAAAGGAACCGCCUCAAUAAUCUCUCUUUACAAACUUGGGCUGUCCCCAAGUAUCAAUUUCAGUACUUGAUGGGCUGGCAAAAUCAAUCUCUCAAUGUCUUGAUUGAGAAUGCUAUUCUAGAAGCAGACAAGAAAGGCGUCAAAGUAUUAAGUCUGGGACUCUUGAAUCAGGGGGAGGAGCUUAAUAGUUAUGGAGCUGCGUAUGUGCGCCGAAAUCCUGGACUCAAAAUAAAGAUGGUAAAUGGGAAUGGCCUGGCAGUGGCAGUUGUUGUAAAUACCAUUCCACCAGGAACAACCCAAGUGCUUCUUGGGGGAACACUCACCAAAGUUGCUUACGCCGUCGUUUUGGCUCUUUGGCAAAGGGGCAUACAGGUAGGCACUUUCCAUGUUGAUCAGUAUGAUAAGCUAAAGAGAUCAGUUGACACCAAUUUGGCAAAUAAUCUUGUCAUGUUAAAAGCUACUUCAACCAAGGUAUGGUUAGUGGGAAAUGGAUUGAGUGAAGAAGAACAGAUGAAGGCAAUAAAAGGAACAUUAUUCAUCCCUUUCUCCCAAUUCCCACCAAAGAAACUUAGAAAAGACUGCAUCUACCACACCACCCCUGCAAUGGUGACACCAAAAUCUCUAGAGAAUGUCGACUCUUGUGAGAAUUGGUUGCCGAGAAGAGUGAUGAGUGCAUGGCGUAUCGGUGGAAUAGUACAUGGCUUGGAAGGAUGGGAAGAACACGAGUGUGGUCAUUCAAUCUCCAACACUGACAAGGUUUGGGAAGCUGCCCUUCGUCAUGGAUUUCAACCACUCAACAUCAAUAAUAGUUGACCAUUUCCUUACUACAUGCUUUAUAUAUUUCUAGUAGAUAUUUCUUAUAAUCACUUACUAAUUAAGCUGUAUGUCAUUUUCAUGACCAAGGAUGAAAAUAUUAUUAUCUAUAUAUAUUACUAGUAGAUAUAAGAUCCUCGAAUUAACAACUUUA